AUGUCAUUCAAAUCAAACUCAUCUAAAUUCCAAGCGGAAUCGACUGUAAAUAAAUUAUUUGCAAAUAUCCUACAAACCACCCCUUCCCAGAUCCAAUCGUCAUCGUCGACCUCUAGCUCAUCGCUUUCCACCACUCAGAUCCUUUCACAACAAUUCAACCAUGAUAACACAAAGGACAUAAAAAAGAAGAGAAAGACCAGCGGUAGGAUAAAAAAGGCAAGCGAGACGGAUAAGAAGUUUAAAAAAUUCAUAAAAUAUACAAUGAUCAAAGAGAGAAAAGAGCAUACCCCUGAAGAAAAGAAAUACUUGAAGAAAUUGGUAAAAAAGAACAUAAACCAUCUUCAACAAUUUUCAAAAGUAGAUGAUCUUGAGAUUGAAGAUGAAUUAGCAGAAGUGAAACUGGGUCUAUUGGAGAAUUUACACAAGCCGGCUCAUAAACGAUUAAGAAAGAAGAGAAUCGUACAUAAGUCCAAGGACUUUGAUGAUUUUGAUAUUACUGGUAAGGGAAAGAACACCCCUGGUUUAACGCCAGGAUUGGCACCUGUAGAUUAUAACGAAUCUGACUCGGAAUAG